AUUAUAACAUCUUUGACUCACGUCCCACAUGAGAGCUUGAAUGACAGUUAAUAGCCGCAUUAAACUCCCUGCACAGCGAAGAAAACAACUUAAUAAUAAAAAAGAAAAGAAGAGAGCUAUAAAUACAAAGAAAAGAAAAGAAAAUGCUUUAUUAUGACCGACGACGGACUCAAAAAUGCCGCUAACUUGACACUGAGUUGCGGCUAACAUUGGCUAAGCGCUAGCUCCUGUCAUGUUUGCUUGUUGAGCGCAGCGACAGAUAAACAUGGAAAGCCUCAGGACUUUAAAACCUUUUUUUCUCAUUCCCCAACAGUGGCUACCCAGGCGGUGUAUACCACACAGGUAUUAUUGCUCUAAGUUGGCUAGCGGUAGUGUCGCACCCAAAAAGACCAAGGAGGCAACACUGCACAAAUUCAAGAGUCAGAUAUCCUCCGGUCCGAGUUUGCAGGACUUUGUCAGGGGAGUUUCCGAUAACAAAAUCCCUGUUUUCAACGAGGAAUAUGCAGAAAAACAUGCAUAUCUUUCUGAGGAAUAUGAUAUGGGGAAGGCGAGGAAAGUAUGUUUUGAAACCUAUGGGUGUCAAAUGAAUGUCAACGACACAGAGAUAGCUUGGUCCAUCCUGCAGAAGAAAGGAUAUCAACGCACAAAUGACCUAAACGAGGCGGAUGUUGUUCUCCUGGUAACAUGCUCUAUAAGAGAAAAAGCAGAACAAACAAUUUGGAACAGACUACAGCAACUGACCGCCAUGAAGAGGAGACGAUCAAAGACCUGCGUACCGAUGAAAAUUGGGAUUUUGGGUUGCAUGGCAGAGCGGCUAAAGACGGAGCUUUUGGAGCGGGAGAAGCUGGUGGAUGUUCUGGCCGGACCAGAUGCGUACCGGGACCUUCCCCGCCUCCUUGCUGUCGCUCAUGGAGGUCACCAGGCGAGCAACGUGCUGCUGUCCUUAGAGGAGACCUACGCUGAUGUCAUGCCCGUCCACGUCGCCUCUCAGGGAUGCAGCGCUUUUGUGUCCAUCAUGCGAGGCUGUGACAACAUGUGCAGUUACUGCAUCGUUCCCUUCACCCGGGGGAGGGAGAGGAGUCGACCUGUGAGCUCCAUCCUGGAGGAGGUCCGCAUGCUCUCUGACCAGGGCGUGAGGGAGGUGACCUUGCUGGGUCAGAAUGUGAACAGCUACCGGGACACAUCGGAGGAGCAGUCCUGCAGCUCGAACCUGACCCAGCUGAGCCGAGGCUUCAGGACCGUCUACCGAACAAAACAGGGAGGUCUGCGCUUCGCUGACCUGCUGGACCAGGUGUCAUGCAUCGACCCCAACAUGAGGAUCAGGUUCACGUCCCCUCAUCCCAAGGACUUCCCUGAUGAGGUUUUGCAGCUGAUUGAGGAGCGAGCGAACAUUUGUAAGCAGAUCCACCUCCCAGCCCAGAGCGGAAGCAGCCAGGUCCUGAAAGCUAUGCGCCGCGGCUACACAAGAGAGGCCUACCUCGACCUUGUGGAGAACAUCAGGAGAAUCAUCCCAGGGGUGAGCCUCAGCAGCGACUUCAUCUCAGGCUUCUGUGGUGAGACGGAGGACGACCACCAUCAGACACUGUCUCUGAUCAGAGAAGUGGGCUAUAACGUGGGAUUCCUUUUCGCCUACAGCAUGAGGAAUAAAACCCACGCCUUCCACAAACUGCAAGACGACGUGCCGGCAGAGGUGAAGCAGCGGAGGUUGCAGGAGUGCAUCAGUGUGUUCAGAGAAGAGGCUCUGAAGGUCAAUGCGUCUCUCAUCGGCAGCACACAGCUCGUCCUUGUGGAGGGAGAAAGUAAAAGGUCUGCAUCGGACCUGUGUGGGAGGAGUGAUGGAAACGUGAAGGUGAUUUUCCCCAAAGAGGAUGUCGCUGUUCAGCCCGCAGACGUCAACACGGCCCCAGUCAGCCCGGGAGACUACGUGCUGGUGAAGAUACUGUCAGCCAGCUCCCAAAGCCUGAGAGGCCGAGCCCUCAGCCACAGCUCCCUGACAGACGCAGCGAGACACAGUGAGAGUCUGCUCGGCCUCCCGCCUGGUGGAAACAUGGCUUCGGUUACAGGCUGCACCGUGAUGCCCUCACUAACAUGAUGAGGCGUGGACUUGAUAGACAAGUGUGACACCUACAGGAAACAGACUCUAAUUUUAUGGGAAAAUUGCCACUCCUCCCCCUUUUCUCCUCUCUGACUUUUGCAAAUUUGAGGUGUUGCGGAGGCUGUGAUUAUGGGGAACUUGGUUCAUACCAAGUGCACGUUGGACUGCAACAAACUACAAGUGAUGGAUGAAAACAAAACACACUUGGAAUGUAUUAUUUAUAAAAUGAACAUAAACUAUGGAGUACACAUUAAACUGCUGAAAAAAAGAAAAGUUUUUUGGUUUUGUACUAGGACUGAUUUGAUUUUGGCAAAAGCAUUGUCGCUUGAUUUAUGACACUCUAACUUUAUUUGAUCCCCCAAACGGCAGUAAAAAGGAUAUGUAUCAGCACAUUUGCAGAAUGGCCCUGUUAGGUUCAAAGUCAGAAAUACUAAUGGUACAGUGGCACAGAAGGGAAGAAAAAAAAACAGGAUUCUAUUAUGGAGAAAUAGCCUAAAGUCAGCAGCAGAAGGUGCUGUGAUCCACUUUGCACGGAGCAUCCUAUUA